GUAUUCAUCGGAUCGUUGGCCGCCAAAUUACGUGUCAACCGGGGCGGCGGGGAACCGUAGUUGGCAGCUGCCUCCCGCUGCCGAAACAUCCACGCAUCGCACGUCCUCACUUUCCAACGUUCAACCACAACGAAGGUCGCGCCUCAACAGCAGAAGAUCCACGACGAAGCUGACGCGCAUCCGGCCGCCGAAGAAGGCACACCACAAGUCAAGAGCGCGUUCGCGGGCGCCCGAAAACAGAGCCAGUGAUCCGUCGACUCCACCACCACGCAGUCGUUGCAGCCUUUCGCACGAUCAGCGGCGAACAAAGCGGGACGUCCCAGCAAAAGCCAGUCGGUGCGGGCCACCCCUAACAAAAAGAAAAAAAAGAAAUCGAGGUCACGGUGCGAGGGCUGCAAAACUCUUGCCCUAUCUCUCCCCCCCCCCCCCCCCCCUCCAGUGUGCCACGAGCCAGCGCGUCCGCGUGUGGUUAGCAAGCAAGCCGGCCGGCUCAGAGACGUGUCGGGAAACUGAGCGGGCAGUGGUGACUCGGGGGAGGUUGGUGCGCGAACGAGGAUGCCGUGCUCGCGUGUCGAAGAUCGGAGGCCAACGGCGGGACAACGAUGACCACCGCCGCCCCCGUUCAACUCCUGGGCUUCCGGUGGACCGCCGGUGCUGACCGGUGCGAGGCCAACGGGAAGGGUCCCGUGGACGCGACAACGGCCGUCCAGGUGCCGACGUCCAUGGCGCCCUCAGCGGUCCUGGCGUCGUCUGCGACGGGCAAGGCGACCGGAGGAAGACCUCGGCUGGCCGUGGACGUCCGCGGGCUUCGCAUCUCGUACGGGAGGGGCAACAACGCCGUGGAGACGCUGCGGGGCAUCGACCUCAGCCUGCCCGAAGGAAAGAUCUACGGGCUUCUGGGACCCAGCGGCUGUGGCAAGACGACCCUCCUGCGCUGCAUCGUGGGCCGCCUCAAGCCCCGCCAGGGCAGCGUGUACGUGUUCGGCCGGCGCCCGGGCCAGGCCGGAGGCUACAUCCCGGGCCCCGGCGUGGGCUACAUGCCCCAGGAGCUGACCCUCUACCCGGAGUUCUCGAUCCACGAGACGCUCACGUACUUCGGCCGCCUGUUCCGAAUCGAGGCGCACGUGCUUCGCGAGCGCACCACUUUCCUGAUCCGCUUCCUCGGCCUCCCGGAGAAGGGCCGUCUGGUGAAAAACCUCAGCGGCGGACAAAAGCGCCGGGUGUCCCUGGCCGCGGCGCUCAUCCACCGGCCCCCUCUCCUGAUCCUGGACGAGCCCACGGUCGGCGUGGACCCCUUGCUGCGACAGAGCAUCUGGCACUACCUGAUCACGCUGACGCACCGCGAAGCCAUCAGCGUCAUCAUCACAACGCAUUACAUAGAGGAGGCCCGCCUGGCGAACCUGGUCGGGCUCAUGCGCCAGGGUAGGAUGCUCGCUCAAGCCUCUCCGGACACGCUGAUGCACCAGCAUGGUAUGCUCACACUCGAAGAGGUCUUCCUCAAGCUGUGCAUGGCGGACAACCAGUCGAACAACAGCAGCGCCGGAACUCCGAACGGUGUGCCCAAGGUCAGCGCCGCUGAAGUGCCGGUCAGCGACGGCAAGGUCUUCGAGGCCUCUGGUCUGGCCGCCAGCAAGGAGACGCUCGCGGCCAACUCCAUGACGCAUCUGGUCCGCAACAACAGUGUCGAGUUGCUGCACAACAACGCCCAGGAACUGAGUUUAGAGCAUGCGGUGCGCAGGCGCGAGCCUUUCUUGGACGCCUGGUUCAGGACGUGGGCGCUCGUCUGCAAGUCCCUGACCAGGCUACACCGGAAUCUGCCGGUGCUCCUAUUCACCUUCCUGGUACCCUCGAUCCAAGUGAUCCUGUUCUGCCUGUGCAUCGGCUCCGACCCGUUCGAGCUGCAGAUCGGUGUCGUGAACCUGGACUCGCACCCGAUCCUCAGCGUGCCCUUCCUGCGCCGGCUGGACAACACCACGCUGAGCCAGCUCCACUUCCCGGACCUCGAGUCGGCCGUCGAGGCCGUGCGGAGCGGCCAGACCUGGGGCGUCAUCGCCAUCGGCGCCAACUUCUCGACGGCGCUGCAGUACCGCUUCCUGCUGGGCGUGGACGCCGACAACAAGACCAUCGACGACAGCAGCAUCAACGUUUACCUGGACAUGACGAAUCAGCAGAUUGGCUACACGGUGCAGAAGACCAUAUUCGAGGCCUUCGCGUCAUUUUCGGAGGACAUCUUGAAGCGGAUGCACAAGAAUCCAGCCCUCGCUCAGCUGCCCGUGGUGAUCAAGGCCCCAAUCUACGGCGUCGGCAAGCCAAGUUUCACCGAGUUCAUGGCGCCGGGCAUCAUCAUCAGCAUCACGUACAUCAUGGCCGUCGGCUUGACGGCCAUCUCCAUUGUCUCUGAACAAAAGGAGGGGCUCCUCGAACGGAGCUGGGUCGCUGGCGUGCGGCCGUUCGAGGUAAUUCUGUCGCACGUGGUGUGUCAGUUCCUGGUCAUGUUCGUGCAAGUGGCCGGCUUGCUCGUCUUCACGUUCAUCGUGUUCGAGAUCCCGUCCCGGGGCCCCUUCGUGUGGGUGGUGCUGCUCACGCUGCUCCAGGGCUGCUGCGGCAUGAUCUACGGCCUGGUCAUCUCGUCCAUGUGCGUCGAGGAAAACUCGGCCAUCAUGCUCGCCCUAGGCUCCUUCUACCCCAACCUCCUGCUCAGCGGGGUGGUGUGGCCGACACAGGCGAUGCCGUACUACAUGCGCUACCUGAGCUACGGCCUGCCGCAGACCAUCCCGACCGAGUCCCUACGCUGCAUCCUGUCCAGAGGCUGGGGCAUCACGCACACCGAGGUCUGGCUAGGCUUCGUGGUCUCGGGCGCCUGGUGCGCCAUCUUCCUGCUCUUCGCGGCUGUCGCCUUCCGCCUGCGGAACUAGGCGCCGCCCCCCUCCGCUCUGUACAUACCACCCCCUCUCUCACUGCUAUUAAACCUCGCUCCACAACCGCA